AUGGCGGAAAACCCAAAGCAAAUCUCGACCGAAAGGGUUAGAGAUGCAAACGACCAAUCUGUCUCAUCCGACUCAGAGACGUCAGCUCUGGCCGUGUUGCAAGAGACACCAAAGAGGAGCUGGAAGUCAUAUCUUUGGGACACCUUUGACAAGUCACCCGAGGAACGCAGAUUUCUCUUCAAGCUUGACUUUGCUCUUAUGACAUUGGCUUCACUGGGGUACUUUAUUAAGUAUCUGGACCAGGUCAACAUCAACAAUGCCUUUGUCUCUGGAAUGAAAGAGGAUAUGAAUCUCUUUGGAAACGAGUUGAAUUAUAUGCAAACAUGCUGGACUAUUGGAUAUGUUAUCGGUGAAAUCCCGAGCAACAUGCUCCUGACGCGAAUCCGGCCAAGCAUCUGGAUUCCUGCCUGCGAGGUAACAUGGUCUGUUCUUACCAUUCUCCUCAUCAAAUGCACAAACCCAACGCAGCUCUAUGUCCUUCGCUUCUUCAUUGGACUUGCCGAGAGCACCUUCUAUCCUGGCAUGCAGUACAUUGUUGGUUCGUGGUACCGCAAGGAUGAACUUGCUAAGCGUUCGUGCCUCUUUCAUGCCAUGGGCAACGUGGGAUCCAUGGUUUCGGGCUACCUGAUGGCUGGCUCGCACAACCUCGAUGGCGUGCACGGAUACCAUGGAUGGCAGUGGCUGUUUAUUACCAACACCGUUGUGUCUCUGCCUAUUGCCAUCUCCGGUUUUUUCUUCCUACCAGACGUGCCUGAGAUCACCAGAGCAUGGUACUUUACUCCUGAGGAAAUUGCGAUUGCGAAACGACGUAUGGAACUUGAAGGCAGAGCGAAGAGGGCACCAUAUACAAAAGCCAAGUUCAAGAAGAUUUUCAGCAGCUGGCACAUCUAUGCUCUAGUGUUGCUAUAUAUUUUGUUCAACAAUGGCAACGGAGGUAGCUCACAGCCUGCGUUCCCCCUGUGGCUGAAGUCCCAAGGGUAUACGAUCAGAGAUGUUAAUCUUUACCCAACAAUUGUCGAUGUCAUCAGCGUUGUUACAACACUCAUCUACGCGUGGACAUCAGAUAGUCUAUUCCGUGGUGCCCGCUGGCCAGCUAUUGUCUUUUCAGGUUUGGUCAAGAUUAUAGCGUACGUUGGACUCACGGUAUGGAAGGUUCCCACCGCCUUCACAUGGGUAUGCUUCAUGUUAUGUGGAUUUGGCGGUGGUAUCAGUGGGUUGACAUUCGCUUGGGCGCAUGAAAUCUGUAGUGACGACAAUGAAGAAAGGGCCCUCGUCACAGGCGCGAUGAAUCAGAUGGCUUAUGUUUUCCAAGCUUGGUUGCCAUUAGUUAUUUGGCAACAAGUCGAGGCGCCGAGCUAUCCUAAAGGGUACCCUACUAUGGUAGCCAUGGCAGUUGCAUUGAUCGGAACUGCUUUUGCUAUUCGAAUACUGCAUAAACAGCAGAUUGGUGGAAGACGGCAUGCUUUAGCAGAGGCUUGA